GCACGGGUUUGGACACUGCGGCGCAUGCGCAAAUGCAACAGCUCGGCGGCGUACCUGGCAACGCUAGCCGUGUCGGACAUUCUGUUCCUGCUUCUCAGCAUUGGCAACGAGCUGCAGUAUCCUUGGAUGGUGGGAGCUUUAGACCUGCAGGGCUGGUGUCAGAUCUGGAACGUUCUCCAGAUGACAACUCAGUACAUCUCUCUCCUGCUCGUGUUUGCCUUCACAGUGGAGCGCUUCAUUUCCGUGUGGCGACCGUUCUCGUGCGAGAAACUCUCCAAGAACUCCCGCUCCCCCAAGAUCAUCGUGGCCAUUAUCAUCAUCUCCGUGGUUCUGGCGUCGCCACAAGCCGUGUUCUGGAACGUGGAGCCGGACAUCGGCGAGUGCGGUGUCCGCCACGUCAAUAGCUCCACCUUCAACAACUUCUACGUCAUCUGGAACUGGACGUCCGAGCUGGUCAUGUUUGGCGCUGUGCCCAUCAUCGCUUUCAUCCUCAACUUGUGUGUGCUCAGACAGAUACGGACGGUGGGGAAGCUGUACGUGACCAGUAAAACAUUACACCGCCAUGUGGGUGCACGAUGUACUCCCACCACUGCCACGCUCAUGUGGAUUUCUUUUUAUCUGAUCUUCAGCAAGCUGCCUGUGACAAUAGUGUUUACGCUGCAGUCUAGCAUACAGCUCGGGGAGCCAAUGUCUUUAGAGGAUAUGGCACGUGACCCCACGUGGCAGAACUAUCUGACCUAUUUCACGGCCCGGAAGUUGAUAGAGGAGCUCGGCAUCUCCCAUCACGCCUGUAACAUUUUUAUCUACGCCGCCACCAGCAAGCAGUUUCGGUGUCACCUCAAGCUCAUGUUACUGCAGCUCUCUUGGUGCAAGUGUAGAGGGUUUUUCUUUCACAGUUCUUCGCCCGUCACGGCAAGACCCUCUCGACCACAUCCUUGGAACCACCCACGAGCCUGACACACAGGGUGUAUGGCCAGUUCACAAGUCUAGAUCUGUAGUGAGGUGAAAAAUUCGUGGCGCAGCUUAUUCUCAAAUAUCUCUUUAACGGGUGAAUUAAUGUCACCCAUACUUUGUACAGCAGUUUUUAUCAAUUUGUCUAACUUAAUCAUGUUUUUCAAUGAUUCCAGUAGAGAACAGAAUAGGGGGUGCCCACGUCCCUCGAGACUCAUUAGAGCAGAGGAAGAUAGGACCAACGCUAAAACUGCUUAAACGUAAUCCCACAUCAUCACUCAUAACCACCUUUUAAAAUCUUCACCGCUCUCAAAUCAAUGCUGUACAUCUAUAAUCCUGGAAUCUCUAUGUGCUGUUACAAUUACUUGUUAUACUAAGUAAGCACGUAAAACACUAUUAGACACUAUCAAACACACUUUUUUCUACUAAUCACAUGACCUCAAUCUCAUAUAAAAGAGCAAGGGAUUUUUUUAUAUCAUAUUUUUCCACAACAACUGAGGUUAGAUUGAAAAACUUUUCUUCAUAAGUAGU